AUGUUUGAGCCUGCUGCUUGGUGGCCCAAAACUAAAGCUAAUGACUACCAGACGAAAGUUCCAGCUGAACUAGAAGUGGAGAAUAGAAAAGAUAUGGAGGACGUCUACGAGAGGCAACGAAGCUUGGCUCUCAAGAUCAAAACAAUCUUAGCCAUUUUAGGUCCUUUGCUCACUGGCGUUGCAGCUUUAGGCUCUGCUGCAUCAGUGAGCCAUGGUUCGUCUUGCGUAGACAUUGUGGCGGCCAUGGCAGGGUCAUUGGCUACAUCUGUUAAUGCCUUGGAGCGUGCAGGCCAAGUGGGGAUGGUGUAUGAUAUGUACAGAAAGUGUGGUGGAUUCUUCAAGUUGUUACAAGUGAUAAUCGAAGUGACACAUAAUAAAGAGAAAAACGACAGCGACAAGAAAAGGCCGACAGCACAUCAUGAAAUGAAGGUGGCUAUGGAAUUAGGAAGAAGCGUUAAAAUUAGUUGA